AUGGCUCCCACGAGCAGCUACCAGUACUCAGAGCCAUACAAAAGGAACACAAUUUAUGACCUCAUGCAUCAGAUUGUGAACACAUGCUUCAACUAUGCAGUGGAUGAGCAGUCCAUACCUUUCUUACAGAUGCUGCAGGGUCUGCAUGAGUCCAGGCUGUUGGGAGAGCUGGUGAAGUCUUCACCAUCCGUGCAGGGCUUGCAAGCCCUGGUCUCAGGUGACAGGGACAUUGGGCAGAGUGGGUGGCUCCCCUUUCAUCACAUCUGGCCAGCAGCCUUCUCACGGAAUCUUAUCAUCUGUUCCUUGUGUGUGCCCAGGUGUACCAACGGAGAAGUUGAAGAGACUUCUUGUACCCCAAAGACAAACCGGAAGUGUAUCUCACUCUUAGGCCUCAUCAUAGUGCUUGUGGUACCUCUGCUGGUGGUUGGAGCUUUGGCUAUAAUUUGUAAGACUAGGCUCUGGAAGCGAGUAUUGCCGUACAUGAAAAGAGCCUAUCCAGGCCGUGAACAGGACCCUGAAAGUGUAAACGCUGUGAACGAGUCUCUCAUGGGAGUGCAGACAUCCAGCAUGGGAAAUGACUCUCGCUGCGACACGGAACUGGAGGAAGCUGUGAGUUCUCUAACAGGAAGGGAUUUUCUAGUCCCAGCAAAUGGAAUUGACCCAGUUGAUGGCCUGAAGCAAAUCUUCAGUUUCUGUCCGAGCGCCGUGCCCUAUAACUCCUGGAACAGCCUCAUGCGACAGAUGGGCCUCACAGACAAUGAGAUUCAAGUGGUCAGAGCUGAAACUCAGGGCCUACAAGAAGUCUUGUACCAAAUGCUGCUGAAGUGGCUCAACCAAACUGGCCGCAGUGCCUCCAUCAACCAUCUGCUGGAUGCCUUGGAGGCCGUGGGAGAGAGGUGCGCCCGGCACAAAAUUGAAGACCAUGCAGUGGAUUCUGGAAAGUUUGUUUAUCAAAAGGCUACAGCAGAGCCAGGCAUGGUGACACACGCCAGCACUGAGGAGACAGAGCUGGAAGAAUCUCUAUGAGUUCAAGACCAGCCUGGUCUAUAUGGUGAAUUCAGUAUAGCUAGGAUUGUGUAGAGAGAUCCUGUCUUUAAAAAAAGACACCUUUAGUGUCUUUAGAAUUAAUUUUAUUUUAUCUUUCUGUAUUUAUUGUCCUAUUACUGUAUUAUUGUCUUACUGGAAGCUGGACCUAGAGCCUUGUGAACACUAGGCAAGCAUUUGAACACUCAAAUGCAUCUCCAGCAUCUUGACUUGCCUUCUGUUCCAGCCUAUCUUUCUGGCCCUCUGGAGGUGGAGCCAGGAAGAUCAAGAUUUUGAGGUCAGUUGGGCUACAUGAGAACCUAUAACGUGCAUUCUAUUGGUAAAUUAUCACAUGCUGUCUAAACGUGUUGAGAGCUGACUAUGGGAAUAAAAAGGGUGCUCCUGUCCCAGGGUCUAACAUGUUCAUUUCACAUGUCUACCAAGACCCCUCGUCCACAGACAAACUGCCCCCUGCCCCCCCCCCCACCCCACCUCCCUGUAACAGGGGGAAACACAAAACAGCCCAAAUAUAGAAAUUUUAGCUGUCCUUGAGAACAGCUAAAAGGUCAUCAGUUUCCAACCAAGGUCAGUAGUAGCUCUUUAUUGUUAGACUCCAAACCAACCAGACUGCUGCACGGCUUCUCUGGCUCACAGUUGAGGGUCUGUCUGGAAUCUCUUAACGCCCAGGUGAACAGAUUUCUCACUCCCUCCAGUGAGUUUGCUGGUCUGGACACACAGAGAACCUAAAAAGCGCUACCUGUGGCGACCCAUCCCCCAUCCCCUUUCCUAACCACCUGCUGGGCAAUCAGUGGAAUCCUGGCUCCAAGUGCCUCUGAGACCCCAAAGAAACAAAUUCUGUUUUGUUCCAUGGCCUCCAUUCUCCUUAGUCUGGGUUCCAGCCCUCCUUUACAUAUACCUGACCUGUCUAGGCGUGGAUAACUGGGUCUUUUAAGCUAUACCACUUUAUAUUUUGGUUUGUCUUUGUCUUAUGGUUCUGGGUACUGGAUGCAGGUCCAGUUCAUACUUAGCACUUUCUUCGCCACUGGGCUACAACGCCAGUUUAUUGAUCUAUAAGUUUAAUGACUUUAUAGGUGUCUAUAAAUACUUACAUGUUUACAGGUAGGUGUUGCCAGAUGAGACUUGGGAACUGUAUCCACUGUGAUGAACAUGGCUGAUGGAUAAUCUUGAUUAGACUGUGAGGGGCUUUGCCCGGGAGAUGGCUCAGCAGAUAAAGGUGCUUGCCACCAAGUGUGAUGACCCAAGCUCUAUCCCCAGAAAUCAUAUGAUGGGAGACAAAAACAGACCCCUACAAGUUGUCUUCUGGCCUCUGUAUGUGUGAUGUGGCAUGAGCGUGUG